UAGAAACUCAUUUGGCAGUCGUGUGUCCUCUCAUCUCUGCCUACUUCCACUCUUAUCUCCCCUCUCUUUCCUCCGCUUUUCCUGCCGCUCUGUGUCUUUGCACGUCUCUCACCUGUCGGUCCUCGCCAGUCUCUUCAGUGGUGUCCGUGCCUCGCAGCGCGCCAUUUUCUUCUUCUUCAGUCGAAACUGCCCUUUCUUUCUCCUCUCUCCAACGCCCUCUUGCUUCUUCGCUCCUUCAAAGAGGUUCACCGUUGUGUCUCAGGCCGUGUCUGUUUCUGGGGAGAGCCACGUUUUCCUUCCUGUCUCCUUCACUCUCUGUGGUCGUUCCUUGAUGCCAGUCUCUUCCCUCCUGAACUCCUCCAGCUGGAGUUCUUCUCGGCUGCAGAUAUCUCUCUUUCUUUGUCUCUCGUCUUCUCUCCUUUUCUCAGUUCACCGCGACUGUCUGGCCAUACUCCUGAACCUCUCCCACCUCUUUCAUUGUUCUGCUGAUCUCCCUAAUUUUCGUUCGAAUCUGCCUAUGGAUAUUCUUCUAACUCUUCUUCUGUUCUUGUAGCGUUCGUCGUCUUCGCGCUUUCCUGUUUCGGACGCAGAGAGCGAGAGACCGUCGCGUUCCGGUCUCCCUGCUGAGGUCGCAACACGGUUCCCCGCGUUUCUCUGUGAGGACGCAGAGUCUUCGGCAGGUUGCUCGCUAUCUCUCUUUAGAAAGGCGCCUGCAUUUCACUCGCCUAAGCAAAGCUGCGUCUCGUUUCGUGACUGUGUGUCCGUCCACUCUUUUCGCUGUCCUCAGCUCCACAGACCGGGGACGCGGCCGCCCACUUGGUCUCCACUUUCUGGAAAUCGUUGUCUCUCAUACGGGACGAAGAGAAGAAGGACAGAAAGAGAGAGAAUGACAGAGAUGGGAGACACGAGAGGGAAGAAAACAGAGGGGAGAGAAGGACUGAAGAGGGAGAAGGAAAUGUAGACCGGGCAGAGAGCAAGAGCUUCAGGUGGUCGGAGAGAGAAGGCGGCGGAAAUGGGGGGAGAGGACGCGAGUCCGGGGCUCUGCCUCGGUAUGUCUUUUAACCGGAUAGCAAGUGAAACGUCUGUCACUUUCAAGCAGUGUGUUGGGAGACAGGAGCACUCUCCCGUAUCGACUGCUCACGAGAAGAAGCAAUCACUCGUAAACGAGAGAGGAGAGACCAGACCGUCGCUUCUUUCUUCCAGUUCUUCUGGAUCUUGUGACGCUUCUUCUUGUCUUCUAUCUCCGUCGGCGGACGACCAUCAACGCGACGCGCCGUCCGAUUCCCCAACAGAAACCCAUUCGUCUCCUUCGUCUCGGUCUUCUUUGUCUUCUUCGUCUCCCUCUUCUCGUUCUCUGCCUCUUUCUCCUCCUUCUUUUUCUGCAUCGUCUUCCUCUGCCUCUUUGCCUGAAUCGUGCUCUUGUUCCGCGUUGUCUCACGCUUCCUCUGCGUCUUCGCCUACACCAUCUUCGCGAGUUUCUUGUUCCUCUGCAGCGCCUCCGUCUGUCCCUGUUUUCUCUCCUGCAGGGAGAUGCGAAGCGGAGGACUUCCCGCAGUGCAACCGAGACCCAGGAAGAGUCUUUCGUUCUCUGUUUUUCGACUACGGUCUGAACCGUCUGCUGCAGUCGGCGCGAAGCGCCUCGGACGGGCUGAAGGAAAACAAGUGCUGUCGAGAGGACCGGCGUCGCAGUCGAGCGUCCCCGCGAAACGCCAUCUCGGAGAGAAGCGACACGGAGAGCCCCGAGUUCGCAGAACAGACAAUUUUUGACACCGAGCAGGACGCGCAGCCUCCGGCUUCGCAAGGUGUCCGGCCGUGUUGCUUCUCGUCUUCUUCCCCUGCUUCCCCUUGUUGCUCUUCGUCCUCGCCUUCACUGUCGACUGAGCGUCCGCUGGAGUCUCUCCGCCUCGUUCAGCAGCAACUUCCGCGCCUCCUGGCGAACUUGAGGGCCUCUGAGGAGGAGGUGGAACGCGCUGCGUUGCGGCUGAGGGCGAUUGUGGAGGCGCGAGGGGAGACGGUAUCUUGCCGACCGGCAGACGCCUCAGGGGAGGCGAGAGAGAGUGUAUGCAGGGUGGAUUCAGAGAGGCCGACUGAGGAGGCUGGAGGUGGCAGUGUGCGAGAGAGAAUCAAUCUUGAACUAGAGGGAGAAGAACGUCCCUGGCGGCGAGUUAGAGGCGGGGUGAGGUCCGAGACCGGAAGAAACAGGGACGGGGAUGUAAAAGUCGAAGAAGAGCGAGAAGGCGAAGAAGGCGGCGUCUCUACGUGGGUGAAAGGAGAAAGAGUUCAGGGGACAGAAGAGAGUCAGGAGAUCGGAAGUGGAAUCGAAAGUGGUUCCCAACUUACGUUCGAGAUCUUCUCCCAGCUCCUCUCUUUGGCUAGCCAGCCGGUUUCCCCAGAGAGCCAGCCUCUCGCUUGCGACAGCGAGCCAACUGCGGGGAGAGAACGAAGCGACGCAGAGGGUGCAGAGGAAGAGGCGAGAGAGCACGAGAAGGUGGGGAUAGUUGCUUCAAUGCGGAGAGGAGAAACGUCUUCCCAGGAUAGCGAUUCUUCACUUCGUUUAUCUCCUUCCAAUUCACACCGGAAUGAAAAUGCACCAAACCAUGCGGGCAUCACCCCGUCGUCCAAUUCGAGCCAGCUGCUCAACGGACCUUGCUCUUUGUCUUCGUGUGCUUAUUCUCCCGGGUCUUCUGCCUCUCGCCGACCUUCUGUCUCGCGUCGUUCUUCUACUUCUUCUCAUUCCCCUGUUUCUCAUUCUCCUUCUUCUCAAUUUUCGUCGCCUACUUCACGUUCUAGGCAGCACCCCCGGUUGCCUUGCAGUCGCGUAUCGUCAACAUCGGGUUCCCUGUCUCGGGAAAACGAGAGUCAGGAAGAAGACUGUGGCGGACGGCAGGGAUUUGCUGCUUCGAGUACUAGCCGCCAGUCUCUGUCAAGCGCUUUCUCCGAGACGGCGAAUGGACCUACAGACGGUUUUCUGCAGAGACAAGAGAAACGAGGAACCCGAGAGGGAGAGCAGCGAAGAACGAGCAGUGAACAAUCUGUAUGUUGCGGGCGAGGUGUAUCGACACCAAGAGAAGGGCCGAGCGUGACAGAGUUCUCAAAUUCAAGGGAACCUGCGUUCAAAGCCAAAAAAGUUCGCCGUGAGUAAAGCCCGCUGAAAGGGUCUAGGAGACUCAAGAACUUGAGGAAAACCUCAGAGGGGCAGGGGUUUCUCAAACUGGUAACGGUUACGGACUGUCAUGCUUUUCAUGAUUGUUCUUCCGUGCACAGAGCAACGCUUUCGUAGGGGGAGAUGGACGCCACAACCGUGUUUGAAUUUGUCCCGUUCGUUUCCAAUUCUCGUCAUGCUCCCCAGUGUUGAAGACAGCAUGGUUUUUGGGCGUGAUCGAACAGAGAGGGAAGCUAGUAUAAAAAAACUUCCGCCCAUAGAACACUCCGCGGAUCUAGACAGAACCAUCCACGCAGAAUUCAAGGAUUUCCUUUUCCGUGUGUUCGUUCCAAUAUGAUACUCCCUUACUAGAGUUCCCUUACUAGAGUUGUAACAGCCCUUACUGCAACCGCACAUACACUGGACACUCUCUGUUCUCAUUUCAGACACCGGCUUUUCCAUAAUCUUCCCACCCUUCCCAAGCAUGUCGAAAAAUGUAGAGCCGAUCUGCCAGUAGUUCAAGGGUUGCUGAUGAAUGCGGCUCAUCCCACCGCUUCAAAACACGAUAACCCCAAGUCAGGUCUUAGUUAAUCCAGAUGAGAGUGCCGCAUUUCCAAAGCGAAUGAAGAAAGAGACGGUAUGGAGCUGUUCCCUCAUGUUUUCAGCGGAGCGGGAAAUAUGGGUUUCUCUUCAGAUCGUUAGCUAGCAAAAGCCAGGUUGUUUCGAA